AAACAUUUUUUGAGCAGUCAACAUCUCAGGAUACAGUCCUCCAAGCCAGUGAAGAAAUUCUUCAACAAGUCGCUCUACAAGUACCCGAAGUCAAAUAACAAAACAUAAACAAUGGCCACCAAAUACGAGAUGUCCAAAACCUACCAAUACCGCAAGGUGAUGAAGCCUCUGCUGGAGCGGAAGCGUCGUGCCAGGAUCAACAAGUGCCUGGACGAGCUUAAGGACCUGAUGGCCGAGUGCGUUUCGCAGACUGGCGAUGCCAAGUUCGAGAAGGCCGACAUCCUGGAGGUCACCGUGCAGCAUCUCCGCAAGCUGAAGGAGGCAAAGAAGCAAGUGCCAGCCAAUCCCGAGCAGAGUUUCCGUGCCGGUUACAUCAGGGCAGCUAACGAAGUGUCCCGCGCUCUGGCCUCCCUUCCCCGAGUGGAUGUCGCCUUCGGAACCACUUUGAUGACCCACCUGGGCAUGCGCCUCAACCAACUGGAGCAGCCCAUGGAGCAAACUCAAGCAGUCAACACUCCACUCAGCAUCAUCUGCGGCUCCAGCUCGAACUCCAACUUCAGUUCCCGCUCUAGUGCCAGCUCUUGCUCCUCCAUCAGUCCCGUCUCCAGUGGAUACGCCAGCGACAACGAAUCCUUGCUCCAGAUCAGCAGCCCUGGACAGGUGUGGCGCCCCUGGUAAAAACCAGGUCGAAAUCAAAGGACUAAAUACCCUCGACGGGCAAUCGCGCAAUUGGAACUGCAGCUUUAGAAAAUGCUUUACAAUGAUCCUCAUUUAUUUGUUACGUUACCAAGUUUUAGGUUUCUAAGUUAAGUCUGUGAUAGGGCACGCUUUAUUAACUUUUGUCUUAACUCAAUCGAGCAGAAGUCUGUUUUUUUACUCUACAUAUAUACAAAUGUUUACCAGCUAAGAGAUCUCAAGAAUACAACAACAAAAGAUAAAAAAUGAAAAGAAAUUAAAUACAAAACAUAUGAAACGAAA